AUCUAAACCCAUAAAGUUUGUUUUGGUGGUUCAUGGCCCCCAUCUGCUCCCCCCUCCCUGCCCGCGGUGCAAACUUCCUGGACGCGCCCCUGGAGGCAACGUGUGUCCGUGCGUAAAGGCAGAGAUGCUUGGUGGCCACGUCCCCUUGGAGACUGGAGACAACACGUGAUGAGCUUUACUGAUCAGGUUCAGAGGCAGAGAGACACCGAGACACGGCGAGAGACAGGCCGGGGCACGGAGCCUGGAGCCCGGCCACCACUUCAGCCAACCUCCGGAGCGGCAGUUACACUUCUACAGUUGAGUUCGCCUUGUUUGUUUCCUCGGAGAGGAGGAAGAGGAGGAGGAGGAGGAGGAGAGGAGGAAGAGAAGCAGAGCAGCAGCACCAGGAGGAGGAGGAGAGAGGAGGAGGAGGAGAAGCCGGAGUAAAGUUUGUCCAAGUUUGCACAUCCAUUCGGAGAAACGCCAUUUUGAGUCCUCUCCUCUUCGGAGCGACUUUGCAGCUUCUUCCUCCCUUUUUUUUUUUUUUUUUUAACUUCAUCCCCCCUCAUCAUCAUCAUCAUCAUCCUCGCCACGAUGUCUCGGCGCAAGCAGCCCAACCCCAACAAAGUCCGCGUGUGAACGCUCCUUCAGACUCAAACACAACAAACCCCGCCCCCUUCCGCCCCGCCCCUGAGACUCGAGCGAACAUUGAUUAACGAAAAAGAACGGCCGUCAUGGAGAACCCCACAGAGGAGCUGCAGGAGGAGGGCGGAGCCAGCGGCGAGGCCACCAUGGAGGAGGCGGAGCUACAGGACCAGGCUGCGCACACCAACCUGAAAGCAGCGAUCAACGGAGCGUCUGACGGAGCGAAGGAGGCGGCGAGCGAAGGAGAAACGCUCCAGAACGGAGAGCGAGGAGGAGGAGGAGGAGAUCUGUCCUCCAUCAACGCCAUGAUGUCCACUGUGAUGUCAGCAGCCGGGACCAUCAAUGGAGGAGGAGGAGGAGGAGGUGAUGAAGGAGGCAGCGGCGUCACCUCGGCCAACUCCUCAGCUGGACCGUCUCCCAGCCCGUCGCCCAGCAAGUCCUUGACGGCCGCCAUGCGGGCGCCGCCCAGCCGCAACGCCCGCCGCAACCAGGACUCCAAAGACGACGGCUCGGCCUUCAUCUGCCCGCUCUGCGACAAGAACUGCCAGACACAGCACCAGCUCACCAUGCACAUCCGACAGCACAACGCGGACGCCGGCGCCACCGACCAUUCCUGCAGCAUCUGUGGGAAGUGUCUGAGCUCGGCUUCGUCUCUGGACCGACACAUGCUGGUCCACAGCGGGGAGCGGCCCUACAAAUGCACCGUCUGCGGCCAGACCUUCACCACCAACGGGAACAUGCACCGGCACAUGAAGAUCCACGACAAAGACCCGGCCAGCGGCCUGGUGCCACUCAGCAGCCCCCCGUCCCCCACCAAGCGGCGCCGUCCCUCCGUGAAGCGGCGCCAGGGCCUGGAGGACGACCCCGGAGACGAGCCGCCCGCCAAGAAGGUGACGGAUGAGGCGGGGGCAGACGAGUCCGCGGCGCUGCCAGGGGCGGAGGAGGAGCUGCUGCCGUGUCCCAUCUGCUUCAAGACGUGCAGCUCCAGACUGGACCUGGACGCCCACAUGGACACGCACCCAGACACGCUGCUGAGGUGUGAUCUCUGCUGCCUCUCUUUCCGGACUCACCGCGGACUGCUGCGGCACAACGCGGCGGUCCAUAAGCUCCUCCCCCAGGACCCCAGCGGCCACCCCUUCAUCCAGAACAAUCCCUCCAUCCCCACCGGCUUCAACGACCUGGCCUUCAUCGACUUCUCCUGCAAGAAGUUUGCUCACAUCGCUCAGGUGUGGUGUGAGACCAACCUGCGGCGCUGCAUCAGUAAGUUCCACCGCUUCGUCUGUGACUCCUGCGACAAGGCGUUCCCGCUGCGCUCUGCCCUGGACCUCCAUAAGACCGCCUCCCACCCGGACAGAUCUGCUGAGGCCGGCGAGACGCUGAAGGAGAACGGAGAGACGCGGGCCGACGAGGAACAUCAGGAAGCGGGGAAGCCGCCGUCAGAGCAGAGCGGCCUCCUGGAGGCCCUGGGCCUGCAACACGUCUCCCAGGUGAAGUCCGGUCCGACCGACGACGAGAUCCAUCAGGCCCAUCUGGACAGCAUCAAGGUGAUCCACGUGGAGCCUCCGUCCUUCAGCCUCCCUCAGGAGCCGGCCUCGGCCUUCCUGUCCGGCGGGCUGGGCGUGGCCCUGGGUCUGGGCGGCCUGGCGGCGCUCAGCAUCCCGCUGCUGGAGGCGUCCGGCUCCGCCCUGCAGGGCCUGUCGCACCGGGACGCCCUCGGCCUGCUGUCGCUGCAGCCCUUCCAGGCCGGCUUCCUGCUGCAGCCGGAGGGGGGCGCCGCCACCGCCGGCGCCGCCUCCUCCAGCUGCAAGCCAGGAGAGUCCGGCGGCUCCGGAGUCAUGGAGCUGGCCGACAUCCAGCAGAUCCUCAAGGUGGCCACCGCCGCGCCCAACCAGAUGGGGCUGCCGCCGCUGGCCAAGGCGCCGGGCUUCACAGGUCAGCUCUCGGGUCAGAAGGCGAUGCCGCCGCUGAAGCCCAAGCCUCCCAUCAGCCCCCGCUCCAGCCUCAGCACCACCACCCCUCCGCCCCUGCAGAGCUCCCAGCAGGCCUCACUGGGCUGCAUCAGCCCCAGCCUGCCUCCGCCCACUCCCUCCAUCUUCAAGACGCCCUCCUCCUCCUCGGCGGGUGGCGGGGCUCACAUGGAGGCCGAGUCGAUGGGCGACGCCAACACGCCGCUGUCCGACUCGCCGCCUGCUGCCACCACGCCGCUCCAGGAGGAGGCGGGGCUAAGCAUCAGGAAGGCGGGAGUCAAAGCGGGGAGCACCGGCGCCUCGGCUAAAGGCUCGUUCCCCUGCCGCUUCUGUGACCAGGUGUUCGCCGUCUCCGGUGCCCUGCAGGCCCACAUGCGCUUCCACCUCGGCAUCCUGCCCCACCAGUGCAACAUGUGCGACUACGUGGCGCCGGACAAGGCCACGCUGAUCCGCCACUUACGCACGCACAGCGGCGAGCGGCCGUACGUCUGCCGCAUGUGCCACUACCCCUUCACUGUCAAGGCCAACUGCGAGCGCCACCUCAGGAAGAAGCACGCCAAGACGUCCAGGAAGGACAUCGAGAAGAACAUCAAGUACGUCACCUUCAGCAGCGGCGCCGGCAUCACCACGGCGACCACCACGCAGGAGGCGGAGACGGGCUGCGAGACCACCUGCCGGUUCUGCGGCGAGGGCCUGAAGACGUACCGCGCACUGCAGAUCCACCUGCGGACGCACAACGGCUGCCAGAGGAAGCCGUUUGAGUGCCGGCGCUGCGGCGCCGCCUUCCUGGCCAAGCGGAACUGCAUCCACCACCUGCUGAAGCAGCACCCAGAGGUGCAGGAGCGCGAGAUCGAGGGACACAUCACCACGCUGCUGCCCUCUGCCGCCGACGGCGCAGCACUGAACGGCCUGGGAGCGGUGAAGGCGGAGGAGCUGCUGUACCCAGCGGAGCUUGACCAGCCGCUCGACUUCUCCGCCAAGGGGCGGGGCAGCCGGACGGCGUCUCCGGCCAUCAAGACGGAGAACGCCUCGCACGGCUUUGACAGCGCCGACCCGGACCAGCCCAUCGACCUGUCCAUCCCCAGCAAGCGUCAGCGCCGGGAGGCCGGCGACGGCACAGAGCUGAAGACGGAGCAGAGCGCCACCGUGGAACAGCAGCUCGCUGCUUCUCCAGAGGAGAAGGCGGCGGGCGCCGUUCUUCCUGUGCAAGCUCCGCCCCUGACGGGCUGCUACCAGCUGCCUCCCGCCGCCAGCCGGUCGCAGCGCCUCAAACCGCUGCUGCCCAAACCCUCCGCCUCCUCGCCACCCUCGGUGAAGGACUUGGCGCCGCUGGCCUCUAUCGCUCAGAUCAUCAGCUCCGUGUCCGCAGCGCAGGGCAUGCUGGACGGCGCCGCCCAGACCGCGGCGCCGUCCUCGCAGCACGAUACCGAAGCCUCCGGACCCGCCGCCCCGGACCCGCCCAGCGACGACGUGUCCGACGGAUCCUCCAGGCGGCGGGCGCGGAAGAAGCCGGCCUCUCUGGCGGCGAGGGAGAAGGCGGCGAGUGGCGCCAUCGACCUAGAAUCCAGCGGAGAGUUCGCCAGCGUGGAGAAGAUGCUCGCCACGACCGACGCCAACAAGUUCAGCACCUACCUGCAGACCAGCGCGGCCGAGCCGGCGAAGAGGCCCGAGACGGCGCCGGCGGCGACGGAACGAACUGCAGCCACCGGAGUGGAGGAGAGGGAGUCCAGGGCGAGCGAGGAGGGGAAGCCGGCGGCGGCCAUGACGGUUCCUCAGACUAAAGGAAAGAAGAACGCCUACUCCAACUCGGUCCAGAAGAUGACCUGCCCGUUCUGCCCACGCGUGUUCCCCUGGAUGAGUUCGCUGCAGAGACACAUGCUGACGCACACAGGCCAGAAGCCGUUCCCGUGUCCGCGCUGCGACGCCUUCUUCUCCACCAAGUCCAACUGUGAGCGCCACCUGCUGCGCAAGCACGGCGUGACGCACCGGACGCUGCGGCGCAACGGCGCCAUCGUGAAGAAGGAGGGGGACGACGGCUCACAGGAGAGCGCCGAGAGCCAAUCAGAGACGGAGCAGCUGCCACCAGAAACCAAGGACCUCGCCCCAGAAUCAGGCCCCGCCUCCACGGCCAACAGUCCCGCCCAUUCUGACAUCACUCCGCUAAGCCCCACCCCCAAAGCAAGCCAAGGCUGCAGUCCAUCUGCAGAGCAACAAUACACAGAAACCACUGAGCAGCCUGACCAACAGGGGGCGCCAGAGACCAAAGGAGCAGCAGCAAAACAGCCUCCGCAGAGCAGCAAGGCCGAGAACACGGACGACGACGACUGCCACAGCAACAAGAGUCUCGACCUGAACUUUGGCAAGAAGCUCAUCGACUUUAAGCUUUCCACUUCCUCCUCAAGCUCCGCCCCUCCAGAAGAGCCACGCCCCCCAUCUCCUUCAGCUGCGCCCCAAGACACCCCAGAGAUCCCCGAAGAGCAGGACAAGCCGGCGCCCUCCUCUUCCUCGGCCAGCAGCCCAGCAGGGAAGCAGCAGCCCGACUACAAACACGUCUGUCGGGUUUGUACAAAGAGUUUCCGCUACGCAAUGACUCUGGCUCGCCACGAGAGGGCGCACCUCUCAGAGGAGGAGCAGGCGGCGGCGGUGACGGAGGAAGAGGAGGGUCCUUUGCCUGCGAAGGAGGAGGAGGAGGAGAGCAGAGCUGCUGAGGCAGAGGAGAAGGAGGCGGAGAUGGAGGAGGAGGACGGAGGAGAACGGGAAGGAGAGAGCGACGGAGGCGAGAGCGGAGAGUCGGAGGAGGAGAAGGAGAAAGAGGAGAGGAGCGACGAAGAGGCGUCUGAACCAAAGAACAACGAGGGAGGAAGGGUGGACAAGAGGAAGAAGAUCUGCACCGAGUGCGGGAAAAGAUUCUGGUCUCUGCAGGACCUGACGAGACACAUGAGGUCACACACAGGCGAGCGGCCCUACCAGUGCCAGACGUGCGAGCGGACCUUCACCCUGAAGCACAGCCUGGUCCGCCACCAGCGGAUCCACCUGCGGCCGCGCGGCGCCGACGGCGACGCCAGCGAGGACGGAGACUCCUGCGCCCCCACCCCCACCUCCACCUGCCCGCCGUCCGAGAACGAGAGCGAGUGCGGCAGCGGCGUGGCGGGGGCCAAGGAGCUGGAGGAGGAGGAGGACUCCAAGGAGGAGGUCGAAGGUCAGCGGGAGGGUUCCGGGUCGGCGGAGGAGGAAGACGUGGAGAAACGGUUCGACCCGGCCCCGCCGCCCUGCGCCGACCCCCACCAAGCUACUGAAUCAAAGACGAGCACCAGCACCGACUCACCCGCACCACCAGACGGCGCCAAAGAUCCCACCAACUGCCCAGCAGGGGGCGCCGCGGCGGACGGUUUCAUCCAGGGGCUGCUGGAGAUCCACAGCAAGCCGCCGCUGGAGCGCCGGCUGCCCAACGGAGAGCCCCCCCUGGUGGGCGUAGACUGAGGGACCCAUCACCGCAGUGCCAUACGACGAAGGACGACGACGACGAUGAUGAUGAUGCAAAAACCAGAGCGUAAAAUCUUCUCCCGAAAGACAGAACCUCGUUUUCUUGAAGUGCCUUACUACUAGUCCGACUUCUAAAGAUGUUUUUGUUGCUAUAUCUUUAUCUGCGUUAUUCCGGAGGAUGGAUCUAAAUUUUUAUAGCUUUUUAUGAUGACAGUGAUUUACUAUUUUUGUGCGGGAAAUCUAUAUUUCAGCAAUAAAAAGAAUAAAUGAUUACGAUUUAUUGUUCUAGAUUUGUGUUUUGAGAAUCGAUGAUCAACUUGGAGACGCGGACGGACUUGGGAACUGUUCGGGUCGAACCGGAGCGGCGACGGACUUCUGUUUGCUCCGGUUUGAACAUCAUGUUUCAGAUUUAGACUGAAUAAAAUGGCGGCUGGCGGUGGGACUGAGGAAAGCUGUUGUAACUGGAAACCUGCCGGUUUAACCGCCAUCUCUGCAUGGAAACCUUCAGACUGAUCCGAGUGUCUGGGGGGGGGACGCCGUCGUUCCUGUUUAAACCCAUCACACUAUCCCCCCCCAGAGGCGUUUCUCUCAUCAUGAUUCUCAGUUGAUUCCGCGCCGUGCAGCGCCGCACGCCGCUCGCCGCUCACCGCGCUCGGCUCUUUCUGCAUGUUUGCAUUCAUAUUUAGGUGUGUUUGGGGGGGGGCUUCUCGUUUUGUGGAUUUUCUUUUUUUAACUGAACAAAUUGAACGUUUUGUUUUUGUGUUUUUGAGUGUGAAUGUGGCCUGUCUCUGGCCUGUCUCUCAUCGUCGCCCCCUAGUGUUUGUUUUUAACUUGCAGGGCCUCCGACAUGCUAACACGUAGCGGCACUAACGCCUGUUUCAGGUUCAGUUUACCUCAACUUUUGCUUUUUAACUGAAGCUGUUAGCGCAGCUCCGGACGCAGCCCUGAAAAUCCAACGUCUUCCUCCCGGGUCGCCCGGUUAAACCGAGGCGGCCGCCGCUAACGGCUGCUAACGGCCGCUAACGAGGCGAUGUCGGAGGUGUUUCUUGGCUCAGACAGACACGCUGUCUCGAAGUGUUUUCAGCUCCGUGUCUCAGAACGGGACGACUCUAGAUCAGUGUAGCUUCAUCCAGACAAUCUGACCUUCAGCUCAGUUAAACCUGCAUUUAUUCCCCUACAGUAUUAUCGUCUGUCUGGCGUUUCCUGCGUCCUGUCUGGUUUCAUCUCCUCUCUGAGGGUCCGCCUCAACGCGUAUUUCCUUUACAGCUGACCCCAAAGGUCUUCAGCUGAGCAUUAGAGACAAUCAUUGGUUUCCAGAAGAAGAUAGGUGACAGCGGAUGGGUUUAUAAAGAAUAAAACAGGUUGGUGUGAACACUAUUUGGUGUCUGAAACCUGCUGCACAUGUUCUUAAAGGGCUAAACGUCCAUUAGCACCAACCUUAGCAGAGGGACGGUAGCCUGGCUGUCUCUUCUUUUCUUGCUUGUGUGUAGAAAACUUUGCUUCUUGUACAUUUUCUUUUUUAAUAUUAGAUGACCUCAUAAGCAAAUCAAACCUCAGUGGCUUAUAUUGGAACUGUACGGCGGUGAUGGUCGGUUGUUUAAUGAUUCUCUAAUGUCUCUAAUGAUUCUUCAUUAGAGACAAAUCAAGGAUUAGAGAAGCGGAACCGCUCCGAUUGGCUCAUCGCUGCCCUGAACUGGCACUAACGUUUUCCAAACCUAAUACUACCACCUCUUCUGUUCGUACUACUAACUAGUCAGGAGAGAAAGGCUCGGCCUCUUUAGCUGCUUCUGCAACAAACAACUGGACUUUAUGACUUCAAAAACUUUACUUAAUAAUUAUGUUCAACCAUUAAUCAGGUAUCUGAAGCUUAAAAAAGCUGUUGAGUUGUAAUUUUCUACCUGAGGUUGCUAACACCAGCUAGCGAGCUGCUAAAAGCUUCUUUAGCUAAUUUGUUGCUUACUCUUUAUGCUAAUAUGUAAAAAAAAAAAAAGGCUAAAUAAAAUCUAAACUGGAUGUUUUCAGUUUAAUUUUUGAUUAAUUGAAGAUAAGAAAAUGGUUUGAUGGGUUUUAGUCAAGAUGCUACUCGGCUAACACGCUAACAGGUCGCUGUUUCGUUUUAGUCUUAGAUUUCAGUCAAAAAUUGGAUUCAGUUUUUCUUUCAUUAUGAUGAGCAAAUUCUGUUUGAUGAAAUUUACCAGUUUGGUAUUAAUUUACCCAAACAUGUAACGUUGUUGAUGCUAGCAAAGCUAACGGAUAAAAACCGCUGCUGCAGCGGUUCAACCAAGCUAGCUGCUGCAGCGGUUCAACCAGGCUAGCUGAACUGUUACAAAAACAAUAAAUCUUUGUGUUUAGGAAUGAAAUUCUGUCAUAUGAAUUUUUAUUACUUAUUUUUCUUUCUAAAACUAUUUUGCAGAGAUUUGUAGAUAAAUGUUUUAAUUCUUAGUGAAUAUGGGACGUGGCUAAUAGGCUAACUCUGGUUCACUGAAACUAAGCAGGAAACAAUUAUUGUAACUUUUCUUUUUACCUGAGAUGAAAUAAAAUUACCACCAAAUUAUUUGCAAAAUGUGCAAAUUUGAGACUAAUUUUCACAAACCUGCAAACAAAGUUAGCGCUAACGUUGAAGUGAAGCUAAUGCUAAACCUUACCUUUACUCUUUAGUAAAAAACAUAAACUAUUUUUUAAUAAUUAAGUUGUGAAUAUAGUCCAUAAAUAUCUUUAUGUUUAAUCUGAAAUGUAUUUUGAUUUAAGAUGCUAACGGGCUUCGUUAGCUUCUGUUGUUGGUGUUAGCUGUGCUUUUCUCAUGAAUUCAACUUCCUGCAGAGGUCGGUAAAGGAGCGGCCCUUUCUCUCUCGAUGGUUUCUGUCUUGUCCGCUUCCUGUGUCCUCCCUGUCCUCGGGGGGUUUGUCUCCAUGUCUGUCCCGUCUGUGUGUGCGGCCAUAUGAAUACUGGACUUCCAUUCGAAUGCACAUGGACUGUUUUUAUUGUAUUUAUUUGGAGCCCAGGCAUGUUUCUGUGUGUGAGUUUAAUUGUCUGCAAUGACUUGAGAAGAAGCCAUGUAUUAAAAUGUCACAUUUAUGCUGCAGAGUUGUUGAGGAUCUGGUGUUUUUGUUGUUGUGGCCCGACCGGCUUGCUCAAGGGCCCGGCAGGAGAGACUCGGACUAGCAAUAAGAAUCCUUCUGAAUCCAAAAGCUUUAUGUAGAUUUUCCUGUGUGAGUCGAGAACAGUCUGUCUGGGUCUGUUGGUUCUGUUUAUUUUUAGUUUUCGUAUAUGACAUAAAUGCAUAUAAAACUGUGAAAAUCUAUUGUGAUUAAUUAAAGGGUGAGUUUUAGGUUAGAUUUUUUUUGCAUGUUAAUCUAAUUUGUUCAUUAUGGAUGAUUUCUCCUUUCUCCAUCACUUCUUGUGCUACACACAUAUAAAAAUAUCAAAAUCUAUAUAAUCUCGCUCUCAGGGUCUUUCACAAAUCCAUGAUUUGAAAUGCUUCUUGUUGUUUUCCUCCUGAGUCGCAGCUUGUCCAGAUUACUUUGUCUUUUUUAAAGAUGACAUCAUGAUUCAGAUCUGUAAAUCACUACAUUUAGCACUUGACUGUGAACUCGUCGUUACCAGGCACAGAAAAUGUGGUUCGAUUUUUGGUCUCCAAACUCUCUGAUCUGAAGCCUUUUUUGUUUUAUUUAAUGACUUUUUCUUUGUGUACUGGACCUCAAUCACAAAGCAUUAUAAAUACACAGUCUGGAUCUUUUUCUGUCCCCUGCUGUUAACAACAUGACAGUGUUUCACAGAGUCUAGAGAUGUAAGCCUCCUCUGUAUUCAACCCAAUAAGAAAAAGCAAUAAAGAUUAUGUAAAGGAAAGGUGUGUGAAUCAA